AUGUCCAAGCUGCUUACUGUUUUUGGCGCCACCGGCAACCAAGGUGGUUCCGUCAUCAGGGCUGUUCUAGCCGAUCCUAUCCUUUCCAAGGAGUUUACCCUCCGCGGCAUUACCCGAGAUGACUCCAAACCUGCUGCCAAGGACUUGGCAAGCAAAGGCGUCGAAAUUAAAAUGGCCGACCUGUCCUCUGCCGACUCGGUCGCCACUGCCAUCGCCGGCUCACACACCGUCUUCCUUGUUACUUCUCCCGACUUCUUCAACCCCAGCGCCAGUCCAGAGCUCGCUCAUGGAAAAAUCGUAGCUGAUGCCGCCGUCGCGGCCAAUGUCCAGCACCUUAUUUACUCGUCUCUUCUUAACGUUACUAAAGAAACCGGAGGUCGUCUUUCAAAUGUCGUUCACUUCGACCAGAAGGCUCAAGUAGAGGAGUACAUCCGCGCCAAGUCUAUGUUUAGUACCUUCGUCUUGCCCGGAUACUUCAUGUCGAACUACUCCGUCUCACAGAUGCUCCGAAAGGGACCUGACGGCACCUACUCCCUCGCUUAUCCCGUUUCUGAUGAGGCCCGCUUUCCACUCAUCGACGCUGAUGGCGAUAUGGGAAAAUAUGUUGCCGCCAUUCUACGCAACCCCGCCGCCCAUUAUGGCAAACAGAUCCUCGCCGCGUCAGACUACUACACGCCUAAGCGCAUCCUAAGUGAAUUUGAGGAAGUAACGGGGCGCAGAGCAAACUUUGUUCAGGUCGAUGCGGAAACCUACAAGAGCUUCCUGCCUCCAUCUAUGGCGCAGGAGAUGCUCGAAAACCAUCUUUUCAUUGAAGAGCCCGGGUACUAUAAGGGCCAGUCGCUGGAGGCGAGCGAAAAGCUGCUGGCUGGGGUAGGGCUGAGGUCGACAUCAUGGAAGGACUUUAUUGAGAAGAACAAGAACGCUUUCCCCUAA